AGACCGCCUACUAAGACGCCCCUACUGGCCGCUACCAGAAGCCCUCGUCCACACCCGCGUCCUGUGUUCCUUUCUCCUCGUACCGAAAAGCGACUUCUGUUUUUGGGAAAUAUACACGUACCCGAAAACAAAACUUGUUAAAUGGCAUCGCGCUUCGGUGUCCGGAGGCGCUGCAAGGAUGCCUGGACAAGCGACUAGGAGGGGCGGAAAAAGGGUGAAAAUGUUUGCUGGCCUAAGGUGCUAGAAACUUCGCGUGUUGCGGACUUGUGAGUAGGAAUACCACUUCAUUCAGCAGCAGAAGAUAUAAGCAGUCAUACACUUAUCAGCCACUCAGUCAGGUGUCAACUGUGCUGCUGCAAUGAUGUUCAGUUGAUCUGCUUCAUCUGUAAAUGGUAGGGUGAAACAAAAUCAGUGAAACUGAGAGAAGCAAGUGAUAAAUAAAUUAUUCUGAAGCCAGCAAAAAGGCACAUCAUGACAAAAGCCAACUUUGUCAUAAAACACAAGGGUGAAGAUUAUGAUAUUGGAAAAUUUCUCCAUUUUCACCCUGGAGGCACUAACACUGUUGCUCCUUACAGAGGGAAGGAGAUUAGUCACAAAUUGGAUGAAAUACAUCAUGCUCCAUCAGCAUAUUACAUGAUGAAAGACUACAAAGUGAAGAAAGGGGAAGGAGAUGACUUAGAGAAAUAUGUUGAUUGGUCCAAACCAAUGCUGGCACAAGUUGGAAAACUUGGAAAACAUUAUGAUCAAUGGGUGCAAUCUCCUGUAGAUAGAGAGCUGAGAUUAUUUGAGUCUGAUUUUCUGGAGAAACUGUCAGUAACAUAUUGGUAUGUGAUACCAUUAGUAUGGGUUCCUGUGACAUCACUCUUCAUUCUUAAAGGGAUCUCUCAUAACAACGAAUUUUCUGCAGAUCCUACAUUCCCUGCAUGGGUGAUUGGCAGCUUCCUGUUCGGAGUAGGACUAUGGUCUCUCCUAGAGUAUACUUUACAUCGAUGGGUAUUCCACAUGAAACCUCCAGCAGAUUCUCCUGGUCUUAUCACAUUUCACUUUUUGAUACAUGGGUUACAUCAUAAGGUACCAUUUGACCCAGGCAGACUGGUUUUCCCUCCAGUGCCUGCUGCCAUCAUAACAAGUAUAGUAUAUUUAAUCUACAUCAUACUUUUCCCUGCUUCACUGGCCGACUUCAUUUGUGCUGGAUCCAUAGCAGGAUAUAUAUCAUAUGACCUCAUACAUUAUUAUCUUCACCAUGGAUCGCCUAACCCAGAUUCAUACCUAUAUGAAAUGAAAAGGUACCACAACCAACAUCACUUCACCGAACAUGACAACGGGUUUGGUAUCUCCAGCAAGUUUUGGGACUACAUCUUUGGAACAAGAAUACUGCUGCGAAAACUGAAAUGGGUAUUGCGAUGGUGAUGUUGAACAGUUUCCAGUUCCAAUGUGUCAUAUAUUUAUUUCAUUCAUGUAUAUGUGUGCAAAGACCACAGCAAUUCAGUGUUCAAGAAACUUGUAAUUUAUUUCUAUAUCUGAGAUCAACGUUGUUUAUAAGUCCACUGUGUGGGCUAAAGAGUUUACUUUGUGCAAAACCGAAAGACAAGGCACUGUCUUGUAUGAAAGGUCUGGGUAUGGAUGUCAGUUCAGGUAUGACCAUGUCCACAAGGAGGAGGAACACCACUCUGGCCAAGCAUAACUAAAACUGGCAUGUCUAAAAGACAUUCAUUUUUGCUUAAUGACUUUUUUACAUUAAAGUGUUUUUGUUUCCUUUUUUAACUUACAAAGUGUCUUGCCUGUAAAACAUGCAAGUUUAUUUUCACCAAGUAUAUGGGAUUCCACCACAGGCUGACAGACAACACAGCUGAAUAAUGUGAUCAAUCUUUUGUUUUAAACUGAAGAGUUUUAUCAAAUUUUUCUAAUUAAAAUUAAACAAUGUAUGAAUUUUUAA